AUGGCCACUCGAAAACGGAAGCGCGAAUUUCAAGACGAUUUUCAACAAGAAUCGCGAGUUACUGAUGCUAUUCCGACAGGUAGCGAUGGUGCGAAGGUUCCAGCAAAGAGGCAGCGUAUAGAGAAGCCUGAAAAACUCAUAAUCAAACCCCCCAUCUUUCCAUUAUCGGCUAGAAAACUUCGCGCCCGUAAGAAAGACGACUCCUCUCCUAGAGACACAUUUGCUAGAGCAGCUUCAUUGAGAAAGAGCAAGCGUAACAGCCUGAGCAACCUCUCAUUAGCCUCGAUAAAGGCCCCAAUACUCACAUUGAAGGGGACCCUGCAGAAGAAGGUGGCAAAAGCAGUUAGAAAGCGGUCCAUGAAAGGGUUGAAAGAUUACAGCCUACCUCUAGAGAACACAACUGUCUUCAGUCGGUACAUUAUGGAUGCACAAAGAGCAGCCAAGGAUGCUGAGCUUCAGCAGAAGAUCGAACGCGAGAUCAAGAUGCGUGACGGUACUGCUAAGCUACUGGCAGCAUCCAAACACCCAGCCCAACUCAUGGAGGCUGCCAAGUCCUUGUUGACGUCAAACACACGUGUCCUGUCAUACAUGUCCGAGUUACAGAAGAGGAAGUCUGAAGAAAUUUUGAAGAAGCAGCAGUCGGAGAGUGUUGAAGGGGACCAAACGCCGUGCAAAGCUAAAUUUGCCGUGUCAGACAUUCGGAUACCUCUCAUGUGGAAAGACACGGAUCAUUUUAAGAACAAAGGAGAUCACCGUCGGUAUGCUGUAUUCUGUCUCCUCAAGAUUGGGACUGAAAUAUUCGACACGACGCUAGUCAAGGAUGUGGAUAGGAGUAAAACAGACAUUACUUUUGAUGAUGUUAUAAUUUUUGAGAACAUUCCAAAUGACUUCAAAUUUGAGAUAGAAAUCUAUUCCCAUCAACUACACGAAGAUGUUUCCAUAGCUAGUACACCAAAGAAGAUUAAGAAGAAGAUUAAUGACAUUUCCUCGUCUAUGGGCCGAUCUGUAGGGCGACGGUUGUCUGGCUUAAAAGAAGAUGAGCUCAUGAACAGCAUGCUAGUUGGUCCUCGCUUUGAUCAGGUGGCGCAUGCAACAUUGAGACUAUCAGAUGUUAAAGGUGCUAUUGGUAUUUAUGACUUGGUCAUAGAUACUCCCCCAACUAGUACAGAGAACACAAAACCAGAUGGAACCUCAUCUCAGGAACUUCCGAUGUUUGGAAACUUCUGUUGUAACCUAGCAGUUCAACCCUACUGCCUUAUUAACGAGACUAUUUCAGGAUAUCUUAGUGUAGAGGCUCAUGAUGACAACAAGAAAUGGCAACGCUUUUGGUGCUCCCUUAAGAAUCUUCAGUUGUCGUGUUGGCUUCAACCAGAGAAUGCGGGGCUAUGUGAGCCAGACUAUUCUAUACCAGUCACAAAGUUUUCCCAGAUAUCGGAAGCGUCGACGUCGACGUGUUCACGGCCGCAUGGCAUCCACGUUAUGUCUCAGGGUGGUAUCUAUUCGUGUACAUUGGCAGCAGAGAGUAAGGAUGACAGAACACGAUGGUGGGAUGCGUUCCAACAGCAUUUAUUGGAUCAAGCUUUAUGGCUGCACGCUUGUGAUCGCUUGAUGGAGAUCAAGAACCCUACCACGAGAAAGGUAGGAUUCAUAACACGGAAGCCGUCAUUAUACGAUGAGAUAGGAACGUCCUUAGAUUCUGCCGAUGAAGAUACAAGGUCAACAAGUUCUGCGGAUUCAGCGAGCGGUCGAAGUCACAGUCAUAGUCCGAUUACAAAGCAGAUUAGUCUCAGUUAUGAACUCCCGCAUAAUCAGUUUUAGGAAAACACUCCAUGACUGACAAUGUGAUUCAAUUACUCAGCAACAAACUCGUUGCUGCCUGGGAUUAUGGACAGUGUUGUGCAGUACCUUGUGGAACAUGAGGUAAAUACUAGGACCUUGGGAGAGGGUUGGGAAAGACUUGGCUAUUUUGAAAGUUGCUCAAGCUUAGCCUGAUGAUGACCAUUGCAGUGAAGGCUUACUUCUGCAUGAGCCUAAAACUCUUGGGUGCCUUUUAGAUACUGUUUAAAUAACUCCUGGUUCCUACAGUUCUACAUGAGAAACAACAUGAUUCCACUAUAGUAGUGAUGUUGUAUAAAGUGGUGCUAAACUCGUUGUAAUUUGCCCCAUUUAGAUGUAGAAGUGGGGCUUUGAAUCGGAUGCAAGGGGGUGUGGUGUUGGCUUCCUAGUCAAGGUUGUCUUGAAAUAGUAAUAAAGCCUGUGUAAUAAACUUGAACCAUAGGACAAAUCCUAAACGUUUGACUUAACACAUUAUCCGUACACAUCUACAUGUAGUGUUAUGUUAGUUGGACUAGAACCCGUUGUGGGUUUAUGUAUGCAACUGUCAAUGCUUAUCUUGUACCCACCUUCCUCCUUGAUGAAAGGAUGCCAAUGCUUUACCUAACCCUUAGGAAAGGGGGGGGGGGUGUAAGAUGGGCAUUGAAAGUUGCAUUUGCUGUCUCUACUUGUGGGUGUGGCAAUCAAUGUGGCUUAUCUAAGAUCAUUAUUAAGUACUAGUUGGUCGGUCUGAGAUUACCACUGACAGUGACGUAUUCGAUGUAUAUUUGCAGUUUGAUGGUUUAGACACUUAUAUUUUACUGAACAAAUGUUAUUUAUGUAUGUGUACCUUUGAGCAAUCUGUAUAAGUUUGUAGUUGUUAGAAUUAGAUAAUCAUACUCCAGUUAACCUGUGUAAUACAUGACGGCAAUACAUUGUACUUCUACCCUUUGAAUAUAAGUGUUAUUCAGUUGCUGAUUAAUUGACGCAUUGCAAAAGCCAGAUCUGCAGAGUAUCAUGCACUUUCGCAUUGCUUUCAAAUAGGCUGUAAUGUCUGCUUUUAGAAUAAAAGCAACUGGCUGGUGCAGUGUUUGCAACUGGCUGGUGCAGUGUUUAUCAAAGCCUGCUUCUAGAAUGAAAGCAACUGGCUGGUGCAGUGUUUAUUGCCUGCUUCUAGAAUAAGAGCAACUCACUGGUGCAGUGUUUAUUGAUAUGAAAGCAACUGGCUAAGGCAGUGUUUCUUGCCUGCUUCUAGAAUAAGAGCAACUCACUGGUGCAGUUUGUAUGGCAUUCUGCUAUUGCUGCUUGCUGUUGCUAGUGAUGAGAGCUGGGGACUUAUUCUUAAUCAAACUGAUGUUUUUCAUAACAGGUUACAUAUAAAAUGACACUUUGCAUGUUUGGCACAUUGAUGUUGACUGUUUACAUCUCUAUUUUGAAAUAUCAGGCAUGUUGAUGUUAAAGUUAGUGGGGUUUUGAAGGUUUGGCAAUAGUUUUAUAAAAUUUUAACAGACCAGGUGACCUACAUUGUACAUGGAUGCAAUCAGCUCAAGGAAGAAGAUGAGCAUUGAAUAGCACUUUGAGCUUAUGAAGUUGGUCUGGUCUGUUUCCAUCAUUUACUUUUGAAACUGUUAGCAAAUGGUUUUGAAUACGAGCGAAGACACAUUCUUAGCAAUAUAUGAGACCCUUUUGUGGUAUUCUAAACCCUGGCAUUUAUGAAAAAAUCUAUAAUCUUGGCGGCUCUCUUGAAGCUCCCUGCUUUUUACCCGUUUUCAGUGUUUGUUUGAUGAGAAAUUUACUGAAUGCACACUCUCUAAUAUGGGGUAUAAUUGUACAACUCUCGUCUUAUUUUGAUACACUUUGUCAGAUUUAGAGGAAUCACUCUCAUACUUCCAACCUCGAGUGUCUUCAGAUCAAACGCAGCUAAGUAACUUCACUUUUAAUGGGCACUAUGACAAUACUAUCGUUUUUCUAUACUUCAAUUGUAGAGAACUGGCAUGAUAGAUAGCUCAAGUUUAACUUCAAUAAGACAAGUACCAGUUGCAAUAAAAUAAUGAACCUGCAGUUGUGAGCCCCAGUACUGUGUGGUUAAAACAUGUGACUCGCUCUACCAAAACUAGGCGCUUGUCGCAUCUGAACUUGACAGGUUGAUACAGACUUGUUGUUCAUUUCCCUAUUGUUGACCUUUUGUGAAAUCUAUUACAAACUGAUUUGGUCACAUUUCACAAAAGGUCUAAAAUAGGGAAAUGAACAACAAGUCCGUAUCAACCUGUCAAGUUCAGAUGCGACAAGCGCCUAGUUUUGGUAGAGCGGGUCACACAUUUGGUUUGAAUUCUAGUACCAGUAUUGCUCUCUAUUGGCAUAACUUAAUUUUAGUUGGUGAGGGGUAUCAAACAGGUGAAAUGUUUGAACUAUCUACGUGUACUGUGGGACUUUUAGAGUUAAAUAUAUGCAUAUUUGUGGUUGAUAAAUGUCACAAUCAUGUACUUGAUGUCACUGUACACUUCAAGUGUGAACCGAGUUGUGAACUGUGUUCUUGCCUGUGGAUGGAACAUUUUGUGGAGUAAAUGAUUUCUAUAGGUUUUUAUUGAA